AUGGUCAUUCUCUUGACUCCUGAUGCUGGAGCUGAGGAGAUUAUCGGUGGUGCUGAGUCCAAGCCACACUCUCGCCCCUAUAUGGCCUUUCUGGAAAUCACCACCGACACAGGUGAUACUUUCAGCUGUGGUGGGUUUCUCGUAAGCCGACAAUUUGUGAUGACAGCUGCUCAUUGUAAAGGAAGGAAAAUUACUGUCAUUCUGGGAGCUCAUGAUGUGACAAAACAGGAAUCCACACAGCAGAAGCUGGAAGUCUCAGAACAAAUUGUUCACCCAAAGUACAGCUUACUUACCCAUCUCCAUGACCUCAUGUUACUAAAGCUAAAAAGGAGAGCCACGCUGACCCAUGCUGUGAAUGUAGUUCCUCUGCCAACUCAAUCUGCCUUUAUCCCACCGGGGAGAUUAUGCCAGGCAGCCGGCUGGGGAAGAACAGGAAUAACAGAGCCAUUGUCAGAUACCCUGAGAGAAGUGAAACUGAGAAUCAUGGACAGAAGGGAGUGCAACCACUUUGGGCAUUAUAAAAACAUGUACCAACUCUGUGUGGGCAAUCCCAACAACAGACGAUCUGCAUACAAGGGAGAUUCUGGGGGACCCCUACUGUGUUCUGGGGUGGCCCACGGUAUUGUUUCUUAUGGACGUUGGACGGCAGAGCCUCCUGCAGUCUUCACACGCAUCACCUCAUAUAUGCCCUGGAUUGAUAAAGUCAUAAAGGGCAAAUAG